AGCUCUGGAUUUACUGACUCGUAUAAUUAAAGCUGCCGGAGGCACACAUUUAUUCGACAGUCAGAGUUUGAUGGGUGACAUUUCCUCAGCUGUUUUUUAUCUCACAAAGGUACAUCGAUGGAUAUUUUACCUUUACUUUGUAUCGUCUCUGCAGCUUUCACAGGUUUAACCAAAGGAGCUGGUGUGUUGCCAGACGGUCCUCUGAAUAAAGCUGUGGGAGAGACUGUGAUGUUCACCACAACACUGAAUCCACCAGAAACACCAUUUUUAACAGUGAGCUGGAAUUUUGGUGAUAAAAAUAUAAUCACUUAUAGUAGUGCAAACAUCACUGCACCAGAGUAUGAAGGCAGGAUCUCCUUCUUCUUGUCUACUGGAUCUCUGGAGCUCAGGAAUCUGACUCUUAAUGACAGUGGAGUAUACAGCGUUAACAUUGUUCCGAAUGGAGGACAAGCGGAGGGUGGGAACACAAGACUGGACGUUUAUGUGCCAGUUUCCAAUGUAAUGGCAACUGCCAGCAGCACAGAUUUGGUGGAGUUCAACAGCUCUGUCAGUCUGUCCUGCUCCUCCUCUGGAUCCUCUCUCUCUUUCCUCUGGCUGAACAGCAGCUCUGAGGUUACAGCCAGCGACAGAGUUCAGCUCACUGAUGGAAACUCCAAUCUCACUAUAGUUAACGUGACCCGCAACGACCAGGGACCAUUCAGGUGUCAUGUGUUCAAUCUCGUCAGUAAUGACACCAGUGGUCCAAUUAACUUCAACAUCAGCUACGGCCCUGAAAAUAUUAAUUUGACAAUAUCUCCGUCACAAGAGCACUAUGUUGAAGGUUCAGACAUCAGCCUGAUGUGCUCAGCUGACUACAGCCCUUCUGCCCAGUUUAUGUGGUUUCUGAAUGGAGACCUGCUGUCUGAUACUGGACGAGAGCUCAGACUGAUGAACAUUCAGACGAGUCAGAGUGGGAACUACAGCUGUCAGGCCUUUAACAGCAAAACUCUGAGAUAUGUAACUUCUCAGCCUGCAGCCAUCUCUGUACUGAAGCGUGUUGCCAAUGUUGUGGUAACUUCAAACACAACAGACUUGUUGGAGUUCAACAGCUCUGUCAGUCUGUCCUGCUCCUCCACUGGACUCUUCCUCUCUUUCCUCUGGCUGAACAGCAGCUCUGAGGUUACAGAAAGUGACAGAGUUCAGCUCUCUGAUGGAGGCUCCACUCUCACUAUAGUCAGUGUGACCCGCUACGACCAGGGACCAUUCAAGUGUCAUGUGUUUAAUCCUGUAAGCAAUGGCACCAGUGAUCCAGUAAACCUCACCAUCAACUAUGGCCCAGAAAAUAUAAAUUUGAUAAUAUAUCCGUCACAAGAGCACUAUGUUGAAGGGUCAGACAUCAGCCUGAUGUGCUCAGCUGUCUCCAGACCUUCUGCCCAGUUUCAGUGGUUUCUGAAUGGAAACCUGCAGUCUGAUACUGAACCAGAGCUCAGACUGAUGAACAUUCAGAUGAGUCAGAGUGGGAACUACAGCUGUCGGGCCUUUAACAACAAAACUAUGAGAUAUAUAACUUCUCAGCCUGCAGCCAUCUUUGUACUGAAGCGUGUUGCCAAUGUUGUGAUAACUUCAAACACAACAGACUUGUUGGAGUUCAACAGCUCUGUCAGUCUGUCCUGCUCCUCCUCUGGACUCUUCCUCUCUUUCCUCUGGCUGAACAGCAGCUCUGAGGUUACAGAAAGUGACAGAGUUCAGCUCUCUGAUGGAGGCUCCACUCUCACUAUAGUCAGUGUGACCCGCUACGAGCAGGGACCAUUCAGGUGUCAUGUGUUUAAUCCUGUAAGCAAUGGCACCAGUGAUCCAGUAAACCUCACCAUCAACUAUGGCCCAGAAAAUAUUAAUUUGAUAAUAUCUCCGUCACAAGAGCACUAUGUUGAAGGGUCAGACAUCAGCCUGAUGUGCUCAGCUGUCUCCAGACCUUCUGCCCAGUUUCAGUGGUUUCUGAAUGGAAACCUGCUGUCUGAUACUGGACCAGAGCUCAGACUGAUUAACAUUCAGAUGAGUCAGAGUGGGAACUACAGCUGUCGGGCUUUUAACAACAAAACUAUGAGAUAUGAAAAGUCUCAGCCGUCCGUUGUCUCUGUUGUACUGGAGAGAAUAUCUGGUGCUUCAAUCACACCGUCAACAAACCUGACAAUUGAGGGGGACUCUGUCAACUUAACCUGUGAUGCUGCUGGCUCUGUGUUUACCAGAAAGUGGAUGAAGGGAGGCUCAAAUCUGAUCCCGGCUGUAAACAUGACCCUUCACGACAAUAACAGAGUGCUGUCUUUUAGCAGUCUGAAUAAACAAGACGGUGGAGAAUAUUCCUGUAAUGUCAUCAACCCCGUCAGCAACGAUGAAGCUAGUUUCACCAUGGUUGUUUACUAUGGACCAGAAAAUGUUCAAAUCUGCGGUCCAAAUGAGAUUAUUUUGGACGAGACCUUAACAUUAAACUGCUCUGCUGAAUCCGUACCUGCUAGUUACACCUGGACACUGAAUGGGAAAAAGAUACACUAUUCUGCCAUUUAUACUAAAAACAACAUUGAACCUUCUGACAGUGGAAACUACACCUGUGAAGUGAUGAAUUAUAUAACUAAGAGAACAUCAUCAUCCGCGGCCCACGGAUUGACUGUCGCAGACGGGAAUGGAGGUCUUUCAGCUGGUGCCAUUGCUGGAAUAGUUAUCGCGUGUUUAGUAGUACUUUCUGCAGUAGCUGGUGGAGGGUAUUAUAUUUAUAAAAAAAAAAAGAAGACAAAAAAACUCUCUAAUCAAAACACCACCACCAGAACCGGAGGUGAAGGCCAGGACAACACCGCAUACUCAGGAAAUCAGGAGCUGAACUAUGCCGAUAUCAGUGUUUUCCAUAAAAAAGAUGGUGGGACAGUCCAGCUGGGGUUACCAAGUAACUCAUCAGACUACGCUGAGGUCCGAGUGAACAACAGCCGUGCUGCAGCAUCCUCCCCUCCUACCUAUGAUAUCCACCUGCAGCGAAUGAAGAGGACAGCUCCUCAGCCUAAUGCUAACGGCGCAGAAGUUUACGCUUAAGUUUGCAAGAAAUGACCUCACUGGAUAUGAUGGAUCACCUGUUGAGGUUAGACUGGAGGCCAGAAGCAGCUGACAUGUGUUAGAGAAACCUGCACUCCUAUCUCAGUUCCUUUUUCUAGAACUAAUUUGGACUUGAGUUUACUUAGUCAAAGCACUUUAUCAGUGGUUAAUAAUCAACCAGUUUGUGACCUAUUUGCCAUGACUGAGGACAACAAUGAUGGCCUACUAGCUUGCAUUUACCCCAUAAUAGCUUUCUCUGUUUGUACUGUAUGUGUACAGUCAAUGCAAAGUGCAAAUAUCUGAGUUUGGGCAUAAUGUUUGACACUGGUGUGGUGUCAUAUUUGAUCCACAUGUAUACUGUGUGAUUCCAGUUUUACAUCUUGUGAUUUAUAGAUUAAUAUUUAUUUCUCAUCUUACAAAAUGAAAAACAUUGGUUGUUUAAAAAUAUCUAAUUUACCUUGAUAGGUAUUUUUACAUGGUAUGAAUACACCUUGAGCUUGUUUAUUGGUCAGUUUAAUAGUGGACUAUAAUGACCUUGCAGUGGUGGAAAGAUUUAUGUUAUCUGUUGGUCCAAAGGAACAGGGGAAAGAUAAAUAGAGAUAUGCAUCAUUGUAAUUUAAUUACAUAAUGAUAAAGUUAAACUUGAUGUUAUCACAAAGGGGAGGUCUGCAUCCACAAUACUCCAAAACGCUACCAUGGAGAAUGAAGCUAUAUGUUUCUCUCCAGUUCCACGUAAACCAUAGCAAGAACAAAAGUUGAUAGGCAAAGUUAUAUGGUUAUUGAUGAAUAUCUACAGGUACAAUAAGUACUUUAAGUCUUGAAGUCAGUCCAACAGGCAUGUCGAAACUGUGGCCUAUAAGAAAUAUCUCAAUCUUUUCCUGCAAGUAAUCAUGUGAUAAAAUGAUUAGGGUGCUUUACCUGUCAGCAUAUCUCUCUGAAAGGCCUCGAGCCAACAGGGAAGUACUUCAAAGAAGUCAAACAUAGCAAGGAGAAGUAGAAGUACAUCUACAGUUUCUCAUACACCUACAGUGUGACUUCUCAAAUCCUGUACAUAACCCAACUUUUAUGAAGACAUUUGUAAAUUACACAUUACACGUUGUGGACUGAAUCAUUAUUCUAAGGCAUUAAAUGCAGUAUGUUUGCACUGAAAGGUUUCAUCACACUGUGUGAUGGGGUAGUUCACUUUGAGGUUAGUAAAGCAGUUAUGUUUGGUAUUAGUAGUAGUGGAAAAGUGGAAAAAAGCUAGUACUGCCUUUUAUUCACAUGUGGGUGUGUGUAUCCGCCAAUAUCAGCAAUCUCUUUUUCCUAUUUAUUCAUUAUUUCUUUAAGCUUGUUAUACAUAAUCAGUUGAGAUUUUAUUGCUAUCAUUAUACUAGGGCUAUAUGCAUCUUCUAUAGUAGGCCUAUAAUACUCCAAUAAUAUUCCAACUGGAACAUUAUAGGGUUAAGAUAGUGUGUUUAGUGUUAAUAGUUAAAGUGCUUUCCUGUGUUAUGUGUAGCCUAUAGUGGGGUCUCAUUCAGGUUUUAGGAGCAGUGUCCCAGUCAGGAUGCUCCUACAUAUAUUAUGCAGCAGAAUAAAGAGACACAUUAUGAAUUUCUACAGGGAAUAAAACCUACUUGGAGAUAUUGAGUUUGGGGGUCCUACCCCAAGAAAAUUUUAGGGUUUCUGACUCAAAACUUUGCAAUUUUACAAUAUUUUGGACCAUUAUUAUUACUAAUUAAAUUAUUAUUUUAUUAUUUGCACAUAUCACAGCCUUCGUCUGAACAUUUAAUUCUUCUGGAAAUGUUUGUACUGUAAAAUCAUAUUCUGUAAAUCAAAACUUUUAAAUAAUGUUUAAUUAUAUUUGUUCACAAAUAAAAAAAAAGUCAUGACGAACAGUUCCCUAAUUAUUUUACAGAAUUGGCGUGAACAUUGUAUUGAUAAAUUACAACACCCUCGCUCUCAACCCCCUCCUCCGUGCCAUGUGUCUGCUCGAUCACAGAUGCUCUCCACAAAGUUUUUAUGUUCAUAUGGCUUAUGAGGCGUGGCGCAAAAAUGCUGCCGUUAUUCCGUUAUGAAUUACCAUUAUGAAUCUCCCAGAGAACCUGAUAUGGUAGAGAGUACCGAGUACCAGCAGCUUGUGAGAAGUGCCGGUGUGCAAGAAAAAGUCAUGGUACACCAAGGAGUAAAAUGCAGAAGUGCCGGUACUGCGUACCGGUGAGUACCAGCCCACUUCAAGCACUGGGUAUUAGUAUUGGAGAUGGUAACACCAUGAGCAAGGUCUAAAUCAAGAGUGUUGACUCAAAUUCUUUCCUGAACACACUAAAAUAAUAAGUAAAUCCAAACCGUUUGACAGCGCUAGGCUACAAGAGAGGUGAGGGUGAACCAAAACAGUAAAAUUUUGGGUCGAAGAGCUAAACAAUGAGCUGAAACUCACUAUAAAGCUCUGUAAAGCUGAGCAGAGCAGCAGAUUGAUGUGAUUCUUUGUCAUUUAAUACAUUUUUAGUAUACAAAAUAUUGAUUAUAGCUGCUUUAAGUAGACGGAUGUAAAACAGAUUCAUUGUAUCUAAAUAACAAGUAUGGCAAGUGAAAAGUGUUUUUCUCAGUUGUAAAUGUGUAUUUAAAGAGCGAGGCUUCAGUUAAAGGCUCCACAUUUACUCAGCCAGAUCAAUGCUGUCAGACUGUACACACAAGUUCUAUUUUAGUUACUCACUUUUUUUUUAGAUGAAAACAAUGUCUCCUUACCCGAGCUAAUGAAUGAAUGUUUGGCCACAUUUCCCCUCCCCCGUCAGUUACUCAUUAGUAAAGAUCAAAUUCCUUGUGAGUUACACACAUGGUUGAUAUCACCUGCAUUUUAAGGAAGUAUUGUUUUACAAACUUAACUUACUAAACACAAACUUAACACUUUAAUCACUAUCAAACUGAAUCCCUUAGUUUUUUACCUUAAAAUUCAAUUAAUUUACACAUUAACAUUGAUGAAAUUGAGGUAUUUUUAAAGGUAUUUUAAAGAGAUAAUGGAUAAAUGAAUGCAUUGUAAUAUAUCAUGGUAUUUUUAAUGGAUUAUGUUCACCGUUCAAUUGGUAAAUAAAACAUUUUAAACUGACCAAACAGCAUGAAAAGCACCCCUUAAUUUAUAUGUUAAAAUGUCAUAGUUUUUCAAUUAAGAUAUAUAUUAAAGGGUGUUUUUCAUGAUUUUUGGUCAGUUUUAAGGGGGAUUUACCGCUUAAAAAUUUGAUUAACUGUGCCCAUAAUCCAUUAAAAUCAUGUGACCUUAAAGUGCUUUUCGAAUUUAAGUGUUUUAAGGGGUUCAGGUUUUGCCUUUUUAAGUUAAUGGACAAAUUAAGAGAUCUCUGGCUACCAUACUAAUGCCCUUAAUCUAAUGUUAAGGAGUUUUUUAUGUUUUCAGUGAUGAGUUAAGGAGGAAUUCUAAUUUUUGUUUCAUAGUGACUUGUCUCAUGAUUUGUUUAACAGUAAUCUCUGUCCACUCUUUUUUUGUUCAACCGUUCAACCUGAACGUAGCUUUAUCUUUAACUGUCACACCAAAGUGAACGUGUGAUAAAUGUUUGACCAAAGAAGGAAUGCAGUGAUUGUAACUCUUUGCAUUUGUAAUAAUUUGCUUGCUCUUUCAGAUGAAUAAACUAUUUUAUUUUUGACAUUAAUAAAGCAUUUCAUCACAUUGAACAUGUA